AUGAAAAUCCCGAAUUUUAUGACUAAUUUGGGCAAAUUAGUUAUGCGUGUCAAACAAACACAUCAGACUCACAGUGUACAGGAAUACAAUGAGUGUCAACUGAGCGCAGAAACCAAACGGCGUUUGCUUUUGGAUUGUAGUGAUCAGAAAAGCGGAUCGGAUUUCAUUCUCAAAGUCUCACAGUUCUCCGAGAUCAGUCAACUGCCAACAUUUCACAGAAACGCUCCUGUCUAUUUUCUCACUGCAAAAUCAUCUCAGGAUGAAGCUGAAUUAACUCAUUUGCCGGCUGAAUCCGAGCAAGCCGAUUCCACUCGUUCAAUCGGGCACGAUCGUAAUCAGUCCACGUGGACUCGUUAUCGUCUUCUGUUCAUUCCAGGCAUCCUCGGAUUGUUAACCAUGAUCGGUAUUCAGGGUGUGAUUUGCGCUUUGUGGAAACGACGCUAUGCCCGAGCACAGAAUUUGCACCAUCAACACCACCAAACAGAAUAUAGUCAAUCCCGAACCGAGAAAUGCGGUCCAUGGGAUUGUGAUGUGUGUGGCUGCGCAUUUUGCUGCACACGCGAUUCCGCAACCAGCGAAUCGACAAAUCACAAACACCCGAGCCGCGUCGGUGACGAACCGCCGGAUCGUUCCAAGUCGAAACACGUGGAGUUUCUGCCAGACCGACAACAUGCCUGUUCUAAAUCACAUUCCCACUUGGGCAUAGGGACAAUGCCGAAACAUUUGAUUGCGCAACCAGCAAAGAAACCACAUUCUGUCCUCGACCCGGACCUGACGAUGAUGAGUCACACGUGGCAAAACGCCAAACCGCAGUCGACGUAUCAUUAUGCGGAACCGGCAGGAGAGCAGUCUCACCCUGAUCGUGCCUAUCCCCGACCGGCUGAUGGAGACCUCAGUCAGUCCGAUUGUGUAAGAAACCUACAGCGAUGUUGCACAGACCGCCAGCGGUGUACACCGGCCAGAAUACACAUCGCCAGCGCACAGCCGUGCAUAUUCAUGGAUGAUUGUACUGCUUACAUCGUGCCCGUAUCUAGUAUGACGCUUGUGCAAACAACGCAAAUGGCGUCUGAUGCGUGUGACGAUUUGUACGAUGAGAAAGUGAUUAACAUCUCAGUGUAA